AAAGGCUUCCUUAGAAGCAGAAAACGGACUCCCUCGGAGAGAGGAAGCAAAUUGAUUCGGAAGUUAACUCGGAAGUGGCACUCAGAGGAAGAGCGAGGAGAGAGGCGCCCUCUUAGCGGCACGGUCGGCUCCAGGCUGGCAAGACCAUUGGACACUUAUGGAUGAAGUUCAGAGCCACAGCCAAGGAUCCACAUCACAAACUUCUGAGCCUCUCUUCUCCUUUGGAAUCAUAGCAGAUAUUCAGUAUGCUGAUCAAGAGGAUGGUUAUGAUUUUCUGGGAUAUCAUAGGAGGUACUACAGGCACAGCCUAUGCCACCUCCAGAAUGCAGUUGAAGACUGGAAUGGGAUGAAUGUUCAGCCUUCAUUUGUUUUACAGCUUGGGGACAUCAUUGAUGGCUUCAACGCACAGCAUGACAUGUCAGAGAAAGCACUGGAAAGAGUCAUGAAGAAAUUUAAGAAGCUCAGGGCUCCAGUCCAUCAUAUAUGGGGCAACCAUGAAUUAUAUAACUUCAGUAGAGAUUAUCUAACAAAGUCUGAACUGAACACUACGUACUUACAAGAUCAGACUUUGCUUGGCAAUUCUGCUAGAGACCAAAGUGCCACUGGAGAUGCUGCAGAAUCCUACUAUGCUUAUCAUUUUUGCCCAAGGGCUAAGUUUCGAUUCAUUCUCCUUGAUACUUACGAUUUAAGUGUUCUGGGGAGGGACACAUCUAGCAAAAAAUACCAGGAUUCUCUACGCAUACUGCAAGCAAAUAAUCCAAACAAUAAUCUGAAUAUUCCACCAGAUCUUGUAAAUCCCCACUUUGUACAGUUCAAUGGAGGAUUCAGUCAAGACCAGCUGGAUUGGGUCAAUGAAGUUCUUACAUAUGCUGACAAAAAUCAAGAGAGAGUAGUGAUUGCGGCGCACCAACCAAUCCAUCCAGAUUCUACUAACCUUGUUUGCCUUGCUUGGAAUUAUAAGGCUGCUCUUUCAGUCAUCCACUCGCAUCACUCUGUGGUGUGUUUUCUUUCAGGCCACCUCCAUUGCGGUGGUUACUCUUUAGACUCUCAGGGAAUCCAUCAUCUUUCUGUUGAAGGGAUUAUAGAAACUUCUCCAAGGAGCCAUGCCUUUGGAACUAUAUAUGUCUAUGACGACAGAAUGAUAUUAAAAGGAAGAGGAACAGUACCAGAUCGAGUAAUGUACUACAGAGAAAAUGAGGCCCUGAUGCAACACACACUGAGCUGCAGUAAUUAUUUGUCUGAAGCUUGCUGCAGUACAUGUUCAGUACUUGAUGGACAAUGUGUAGAAGGGUGCCCGCACCUUCAAGUUCGACAGGGGAACUAAGUAUCAACAUUGCUCAGUGAAUUGACAGGGGGAAAGCAACUUACUCUACAGCUCCAACUCAAAAGUACUCGAUCAGUUCUGCUUUCUGUUUAAAAAAUUUAAAUGUGAACAACAGUGUAUUUAUAUCAGAUUGCUAAUUUUAUCAUAUAUUAGUGUUGUGCCUAAAACUUGAUUCAUAAGAUUUAUUUAUUUAUUUUUAGCUUAUCAUGCUUGCAAUGCAUUAUACUUUACUAGAAGUCUUCA